GUACGACAUAACGCCCAAGGACAUGUUAUUGAAAAAUAACGCCCUAGGGCCUAUUAAAUUUAAAUAACGAGUUAAAUACUGUCAAGUUGAUAAAUACAACUCUAAGUAAAACUAUGGUUGCCACAAUUACAGUUACGACUAUUGCUGUCAACAGUUGCACAGGACGUCUAGUGACAUAUCAACGAAACUAUGACAUAUUCGACAAGAGAAACUGGAUUAAUCAUCAAGUUUCUAAAGAAUGUAACGGUUUAGUAAUAAAUAACUUUCUGGGUUUCACAACUUUUGGAAAACUGGAAGUAAAACAACUAGUUCUUAAAGAAUACGCUCAAAUUUUAUUUGAAGAUGACACUGAGAUAAUUCUGGAUCCUGAUUCUGAAAACAAAAUUAAUUGUGUUGCCACAAACGGCACGGAGAUGAAUUUGCACAAAUGGCAUAAUCCAGACAAUUGGUUAUUACAAGGUAGACUUAACGGCAACGAAGCUAUUCCUCACAUGGAAAGAUUGCCUUGCGAGUACGACGAUGUGGUUUUUCCAAAGGGAACAUUAUCGGGAGGUGUUAAAAUAUAUGGAUCAAUAACAGUAAAAAGUUUCAAGUAUGGUCACGAUUACUGGACAAAUAGUGACAUAGCCGUAGCCAAAAACGAUGAAAUACUAGGAUUAUUUUUAAUCUUUAUGGCUUAUGAUAUCGACUUUAAUAUUCACAAUAAAGCUUGUAACGAUCCCAGUGGUUGUUUUUGUGGCAACGAGGCAGUAAACACGUAUACAUGUCAUUACUUUAGAAGCCACAAAACUUCGAACUGUGAAUCUCCAAUCACACCUGAAGGAUUUUGCCAUGCAAUAUGUGGUGCGAGUAUUAUAUUUAAUGCAAAACCAAAUUUUAAAAUAAGUUCUAUAGACCAAAAGAUUAAGGAUUACACUGCAGAUACUUAUGUUAGCAAGGUAAGAGAUAAAAAUGGAGAGCCUGCUAUUCAAAUAAUUUUCACAGAAAAAGAGUUUACUGGAAAUAGUUUGGAAGAAGCAAAACAUUUGUAUCAAAUAUUACAGAACGAAAACAUACUGACAGUAAACGCUUCUCAAUUUUUGAGUUCCUCUAUUUAUUACAAUCAAGGAAAAAAUGUCCGAAGUGCUUUUGCUGUCAUUUUUGGUUCAUUGUUUUCAGUAUGUUUAGUCUUCGGAUUUAUAAUUUUACUUUUUGGAGAACAUCCAACUUCUGCACGUUUAAGAGACAGAUUGGGUAUUAGCUCGGCACCUCUUACUUACAGAUCAAUAUUCUUUUCAAGAAGUAGUGUUAGUGAAGGCACUGGUUUAAUAGGAGAAGGACAAUCAAUGGCAGGCUCAAUACAGAAUAUACCAAAUUCUUUAGAAACUCCUGUAUAUUCAGAAAUAAAAAGAACAUUUGGAACUUCCAGUUCUAAUGCCAGCUCAACUGAAGAAUUGACUAAGGAGAAUGAAGAACAAAACGACAAACUGGAACCAGUAGAUCCAGAAGAAGAAAUGGCAAAUCAAGACUUCGAAAAUUACCAACUAAUUAAUACAGUAGCUGAGGAGGGGGAAUUAGUGGACUUGAGUACACUAAAUAAUUAAAUUAAUUAAAAUUCAUACAUUUUUGUAACUUAAGACAAUGUUUAAAAUUUAAGUGAUUAUAAUUUAGUAUAUAAAAUAAUAAAAAUAUACUUUCUCUUAGGCAGGCCGCACAUCAAAGAAACAUGAAACGUAAUUUACGUUUCAUGGAAAUAAAACAGUGCUAAAUAAAUAUACGUCCGGCCAUUUAUGAAACUCUCCGAAAAUAAAAAUGUGUCAUGAGCAUGAAUCACACUCGUUUCAUUGGUAGGUGGACUUUGAGAUUUGUUUAGCAGUGUUUUAGUUUCAUGAAACAUGUUUUUCGUUUCAUGUUUCAUGUUUUUCGUUUCAUGUUUCUUUGGUGUGCGGCUUGGCUUAUAAUGAUACCUUCAUGUGGCGAACUGAUCAAUCACUCAUAGGUUUUAAUAAUAUAAGACUUUUCAUUU